AUGGCACCGAAAUCCGUUCUCCUUGUCGGCGCCAAUGGCACGCUAGGCGCCAAAAUCCUAGACUCCCUGGUCGCCGCCAAGUCGUUCAAGCUCAGCGCCUUGAAGCGCGCCGGCUCCAAGAGCACCAUCGAGUACCCCGCCGACCAGGUGCAAGUCGUCGAGGUCGACGAUGAACUCUCCUACGAAGGCCUCAAGAAGGCUUUCGCAGGUCAAGAAGCCGUCAUCGUCAGCUUCCGCCUGCGCGACCUCGACCAGCACCUGCGCAUCGCCGAGGCGGCAUCCGCCGCUGGCGUGAAGCACUUCAUGCCCGCCGACUUCGGCAGUAUCGACGCCGAUAACCCCCGCGCCCGGGAGCUCAUCAAGCUCUACCGCUGGAAGCUCGCCGUCCGUCUGAAAGCGCAGGAACUGGCCGACAAGAACCCCAACUUUGCUUGGACGGGUAUCGUCUGCGGGCACUUUUUCGACUGGGGUGUCAAGGAAGGCUUCUUGCACGCGUACCUGGACACGAAGAAGAUUGACGUCAUUGACGGCGGCGACAUCAAGGCCUCUGUCGCGACGCUGCCGAGAGUCGGAGAGGCUGUUGUGCGCAUCCUCAACCUGGGAGUCACCGAAGUGACGAAGAACAAGACGCUUUUCAUCCAGAGCUUUUGCAUCACGCAGAACGAGCUGCUUAAGAGUCUAGAGAAGGCAACGGGGUCAAAGUGGACAAUCAAUGAGGUCGAGUCUCAAAGUUUUAUUGACAAACACAAGAAAAAGGCCGAUGCCGGCGACGCUGAGGCGAUUGAGGACCUCGUCUUUGCCGUUGGACAAUUGGAUGCAAACUGGACAAAACGCGACGACUUUGCUAUGAAGGCUUUGGGGCUGGAAGAUGAGGAUUUGGAUACUGUCAUCGCAGAUGUUGUCGCCAACCCAGCAGUCUGA